UCCUCAUCCUCCUCCUCUCCCGGGACCCCGCUCCGUCCACCCUCUGCCCGCAUCUUCUGGAUCGUCGACAACUGGCCCUCCAUCCUCGGCGGCACCGUGUUCGCCCACUACGCACACUACCAAUACCUCUCCCGCGUCCGCAGUCCGAACCCGAACCCGCUCAAGAAUGCCCGCUUCUGGGCUCUAGCCUCUGGCGGAUGGAUGCUCUCCUACCUCGGCAUAUGCACCGGAAUCGCCGUCGCCCAAGCCAAAGUCAACCACUACCUCGACCCUGAAAAUCGCCUUCAAUACCGCGAU